AUGGCCUGUAUCGCUUCGGACCCGGUUCUGGACAUCCAGCCUGAUUUUUCUUCACCCACCUUCGAGGGUCUUAGAAAUUGCAUCAUCGGAGGAACUCAGAUGACACAUGAAGAAGUCACCAACAAGCUUGCCACUGCAUGGGAACAAGAUUGCAACCUCAGAGUUGUCGCAUGGACAAGGCAAGUUGACAAAGACCAGUGUCUUGCAGCUCACGCAGCACAAACAGAGUGGGAACAAGUAGACCAGGAACGCUUGUGCCUGGAACAAGAAGCCGAAGCAGAACUUUGUGAAGCAGAGAAGAAGAAACCAAAGAUCAACGAUUUCAAAAUCGGGGCAGCCAUUGGCAACACCCUUACCCCCCACCCUUCCCAAUACAUGAUCCAUAAACUCAAGUCCUUCAAGUACAUUGAACUCUGGUACUUCAGCCCAGAUGGAUGCAGAGAGACAGCCAAUGAUGCCAAGACCAGCGCAGACAACACCUUCAGCCUCACCAAAGUUGAAGACUUUGUUGCCCUCAAACCAGUCACAUCCUUCAAAGCCUCUCGCAAAGCCAUCCAAGACCACAAUCUUGAGUGGUGCCAAUUUGACCUCACCAAGAACAGCUUCCUGCUGUACAUCAACAAGCUCAAAUGGCCAGACAAGCAUCAGCAAGCUCUCACAAUGUUCUUCAUGAACAUUGUGUCUCAUCCCUCCUGCUCCGAACCAUACAGAGAACGAGCACUUCUCUUAUAUGCAGCUCGCGUCCAUCACAAUUGGCACAACACCCUUGUCCUCGACAAUGCCUUCGACAUUAGCGUCUUCAACCUCACCCUCUUGAAGAACAUGGGCAAAGAAGUAUGGAACAAAGUUUGCCAAGAAACCCUUGUGGAGGUCAGUCUCUCCCCCUUUACCACCCAACAGAACCACAAUAGCUGA